AUGUCAUCACACGGUCGAAACACUCAAAAUCGAAACAACAACAAGAACAACAACAAGAACAAGAACAAGAACAACAACCAUACUCAUUAUCCUCAUCCUACCUCUUCUUCCUCUACAUCCGUCUAUUCUUCUGCCUAUUCUUCUCCUUCGUCAUCUUCUUCUCCAUCUCCUUCCCGUCGCACCACUCGUUGUCACCAGACUGACAGGGUGAGUCCGCUCACUCUGGCAGCCUGGAAUGUUCAUUCACUUUUAGACAACCCGAGGAGCAACCGACCGGAACGGAGGACGGCGCUAGUGCCACGAGAACUGGCGCGCUACAAGGUGGACAUCGCAGCACUCAGCGAGACCCGUUUCUCCGAACAAGGCCAACUGGAAGAGUUGGGAGCCGGUUACACCUUAUUUUGGAAUGGUCGACCCAAGGCAGAGCCACGACACGCGGGUGUCGCCUUCGCCAUCCGGAACGACAUCGUAAGACGACUGCCCAGUCUGCCGCAGGGCAUCAACGACCGCCUGAUGAGCCUCCGUCUGCCUCUCCGGCGGAGGGGCAAAUUCGCCACCAUCAUCAGCGCCUACGCUCCGCCGAUGAGCAGCCCCGACGCCGCCGCUAGAGACAAAUUCUACGAGAAACUGCAUGCUUUCCUGGCGACAGUGUCGAAGACGGAAAAGUUGAUUGUCCUUGGUGACUUCAACGCCCGCGUAGGAACAGACCAUACUGCCUGGAGGGGAGUGCUGGGUGCCCACGGUCUCCGCGGCUCCAACGACAACGGCCUGCUGCUUUUCCGCACCUGCGCAGAACACCGCCUCAUCCUGACGAACACGUUCUUCUGUCUGCCGGAGCGAGACAAGGCCACCUGGAGGCAUCCUCGGUCGCGUCAGUGGCACCUGCUGGACUAUGUCCUCGUCCGUUGGCGAGAUCAGAGGGACGUGCUGGUGACGAAGGCGAUCGCGGGUGCUGACGGGUGGACCGACCAUCGCCUCGUCAUCUCGAAGAUGCGUAUUCGCCUACAGCCUCGCAGGAGACCACAAGGUAAGCGACCCCCAGGUAAGCUGAAUGUUGCCUUUUUGUCUUUGUCCGCUCAUCACCUUCAUUUCAGCAAUGAGCUAGCGCAACGGCUAGAGAACCUUCGCAUCGCUGCCGAUGCCGCCGCUGCCGAGAACGCCUCCGUGGAGAACCCCUGUUGUCAACUGCGAGGCACGGUCCAGUCGACGGCGCUCGCCGUCCUCGGUCGCGCUCCCCGUCAACACCCGGACUGGUUCGACGACAACGACGCCGCCAUCAGAAAUCUGCUUGCUGAGAAGAACUGCCUACACAAAGCCUACGUCGAUCACCCCACUGAGGACAACGAAGAUGCCUUCUACCGUAGUCGCCGACAGCUUCAGCAACGACUGCGCGAGAUGCAGGACGCCUGA